AUGUUGUCUCUUCGUGCUUUCACCCGCUCCGUCCCACGCUUCUCGCGCUCAGUCGCCCGUACUUCGCUGCGCCCGGCUGUUCUCUCCAAGCCCGCUUUCGUGCAGCCCUGGAAGCAGGCCACUAAGCCCGCCUACGCUGCCUUUUCCACUUCCAGUGCUUUCCGUGAGCCCGCUGGUGAGGGUGACGCGGAGCUUAUCGCCAAGCUUGAGGAGGAAGUCAAGCACGAGAAGGCUUCCGGUGUCGAGGAUGCGCGUGAGCAGCAGGCCAGCAUUGACUACACUCUGCAGAAUGGCGAGUGGACCGCCAAGGACGUCGAGGGCGAGCAGGAAGUUGUCCUGACCAAGAAGUUCGGCAACGAGACUAUCCGCGUAACUUUCACCGUCGCCGACAUUAACAACCUUUCCGAGGACCCGAUGGACGAUCUCCACGACGACGCUCUCGGCGACGAGGGUGAGUUCUCCAGCCAGCAGAACAAGGUUGAGAACGAGGAUGAGAUCCUGCCCCCUACCUUCCCCGCUCGCGUCAAUGUCACCAUUGAGAAGCCCGCGAACGGUGCCCUCCUGAUCCAGGCCGUCAUCCAGGACGGUGACCUGCAAAUCGAGGAGAUCUCCCAUUUCGCCAACGCGGAGGUCGCCAACGCCAGCACCGCCGAGAAGGACUGGGCCCGCCAGAGCCUCUACGCCGGUCCUCCCGCCGAGAACCUCGACCCUGAGCUGCUCGCUUUCUGGGGCCGUUACCUCGAGGAGCGUGGUCUUAACCUCGAGUUCCAGAACAUGGUCACCGACUACAUUGCUUUCAAGGAGCAGAAGGAGUACGUCCGGUGGUUGGACAACGUCCGCAAGUUCAUUUCUGCUUAA